AUUUAGCUAGUGAUGCUUUUUUAUUAUAAGAAACAGUGUCGUAAAGCGGUCGGAAGUGUCGUGCCCCGCGGGGUUACUCCGGUGUGUGUGGGCCGCCCGUCGCGGCUCGGCUAACCCGCUGACCGUUGAACCACCCGGUGACUGACGGCUGCAAGCGUCCGCCCCUACCGGAGCUCCGUCGCUCCCAGCCGCCGCUCCAAGCUGCGCCUCCAACAAGAGCCAGGCUGCUAUGACCGACAACAUCCCCUUACAGCCCGUGAGGCGAGCGAAGAGACACAACAGUAAAAACAGAAACGGGUGCUGUCCGUGGUCGAGAUGCUGCGGAGGCGGAGACUUCCGGCCCCGCACUGUGUGGCUGGGCCACCCAGAGAAGAGGGAGCAGAGGUACCCGAAGAACGUCAUCAACAACCAGAAGUACAACUUCUUCACCUUCCUUCCUGGGGUGCUCUUCAACCAGUUCAAGUACUUCUUCAACCUGUACUUCCUUCUUUUGGCUUGCUCCCAGUUUGUGGAGGAGUUGCGUUUAGGUGCCCUCUACACCUACUGGGUCCCUCUGGGUCUCGUUCUGUUCAUAACCAUCGCGAGGGAGGCUAUCGAAGAGAUAAGGUGCUACCUUCGAGACAAAGAAGUCAACUCUCAGAUUUACAGCAAGCUCUCAACAAGAGGCACUGUGAAGGUUAAAAGCAGCGGCAUUCAAGUGGGAGAUCUAAUAAUUGUGGAAAAGAACCAGCGUGUUCCUGCUGACAUGAUCUUCCUAAGGACCUCUGAAAGAAAUGGCUCCUGUUUCCUACGCACUGACCAGCUGGACGGAGAGACUGACUGGAAACUGCGCCUCCCUGUGGCCUGCACCCAGAGGCUGCCGACCGCCGGGGACCUCCUCCAGAUCCGGUCUUUCGUGUACGCUGAAGAACCCAACAUUGAUAUCCAUAACUUCAUUGGAACCUUCACCAGGGAAGACGGAGACCCGCCAGUCAACGAAAGUUUGAGCAUCGAGAACACGCUGUGGGCCAGCACCGUCGUCGCCUCUGGCACGGUGGUGGGGGUCGUGAUUUACACUGGCAAGGAGCUGCGGAGCGUCAUGAACACCUCCAACCCCAGGCACAAGGUGGGCCUGUUUGACCUGGAGGUGAACUGCUUGACAAAGAUCCUGUUCGGAGCUCUGGUAGUGGUGUCUCUGGUCAUGGUGGCUCUCCAGCACUUUGCUGGACGUUGGUACCUCCAGAUCUUCCGCUUCCUGCUUCUUUUCUCCCACAUCGUGCCCAUAAGCUUGCGCGUGAACCUGGAUAUGGGAAAAAUGGUUUUCAGCUGGAUGAUCAAGAGAGACUCCAAGAUCCCAGGAACGGUGGUGAGGGCCAGCACCAUACCGGAGCAGCUCGGACGCAUCUCCUACCUUCUGACCGAUAAAACCGGAACCCUCACCCAAAACGAGAUGGUGUUCAGGAGGCUCCAUCUGGGAACUGUGGCUUAUGGGAUGGACUCCAUGGAUGAAGUGCAGAGCCACAUUUUCAGUGCUUACACCCAGCCCACCCAUGACCUUCCAGCCUCCAGGACUCCUGCAGCCACCAAAGUGCGCAAGACCAUCAGCAGCCGAGUGCACGAGGCCGUGAAGGCCAUCGCCCUGGUGCACAACGUGACGCCCGUGUACGAGUCCAACGGCGUGACGGACCAAGCUGAGGCCGAGCAGCACUACGAGGACACCUGCAGGGUGUACCAGGCGUCCAGCCCAGAUGAGGUGUCGCUGGUGCAGUGGACUGAGAGCGUUGGCCUGACUCUGGUGGGGAGAGACCAGUCGUCCAUGCAGCUGCGGACCCCUACUGGCCAGAUCAUGAACUUCACCAUCCUUCAGAUUUUCCCCUUCACCUACGAGAGCAAGCGGAUGGGCAUCAUCGUGCGAGAUGAAUCGGCGGGGGAGAUAACCUUCUACAUGAAAGGCGCUGACAUGGUCAUGGCGGGCAUCGUGCAGUACAACGACUGGCUGGAGGAGGAGUGUGGAAACAUGGCGAGGGAAGGUCUGCGGGUCCUCGUCGUCGCUAAGAAGUCACUGACGGAGGAGCAGUACCAGGAUUUUGAGGCGCGGUACGUCCAGGCCAAGCUCAGCGUCCACGACCGCUCUCUGAAGGUGGCCACCGUCAUCGAGAGUCUGGAGAUGGAGAUGGAGCUGCUCUGCCUGACCGGGGUGGAGGACCAACUCCAGACGGACGUCAGACCCACGCUGGAGAUCCUCCGCAAUGCGGGCAUCAAGGUCUGGAUGCUAACAGGAGACAAGCUGGAGACGGCCACGUGCACAGCCAAGAAUGCCCACCUGAUCACCCGCAGCCAGGACAUCCACAUCUUCAGACCGGUGACAACGCGAGGUGAAGCCCACCUGGAGCUCAACGCCUUCAGGAGAAAGCACGACUGCGCUCUGGUGAUAUCAGGAGACUCGCUCGAGGUUUGUCUGAAAUAUUACGAGUAUGAGUUCAUGGAGCUGGCGUGCCAGUGUCCUGCUGUGGUGUGCUGCCGAUGCACCCCCACCCAGAAGGCGCAGAUAGUCCGGCUUCUGCAGGAGCGCACAGGCAAACUCACCUGCGCUGUAGGGGACGGAGGAAACGAUGUCAGCAUGAUCCAGGAAGCCGACUGUGGAGUGGGAGUGGAGGGAAAAGAAGGAAAGCAGGCGUCUCUGGCGGCCGACUUCUCCGUGACUCAGUUCAAACAUUUGGGCCGUCUGCUGAUGGUCCACGGUCGUAACAGCUACAAACGCGCCGCGGCCCUCAGCCAGUUCGUCAUCCACAGGAGUUUGUGCAUCAGCACCAUGCAGGCGGUUUUCUCCUCCGUGUUCUAUUUCGCCUCUGUCCCGCUCUACCAAGGAUUCCUGAUUAUCGGUUAUUCCACCGUCUACACCAUGUUCCCCGUCUUCUCUCUGGUGUUGGACAAAGAUGUUAAGUCGGAGGUUGCCAUGCUGUACCCAGAGUUAUAUAAGGACCUGCUGAAGGGCCGACCACUGAGUUUCAAGACCUUUCUGAUAUGGGUCCUAAUAAGUAUUUAUCAAGGGAGCAUCAUCAUGUACGGCGCCCUGCUGCUCUUCGAGUCGGAGUUCGUCCACAUCGUGGCCAUCUCCUUCACCUCCCUGAUCCUGACGGAGCUGCUGAUGGUGGCGCUGACCGUCCAGACGUGGCACUGGUUCAUGAUCGUGGCAGAGCUGCUGAGCUUGGCGUGCUACAUCGCCUCGCUGGUGUUCCUGCACGAGUUCAUCGACAUUUACUUCAUCACCACCGUGUCGUUCCUGUGGAAGGUGACCGCCAUCACCCUGGUCAGCUGCCUGCCGCUCUACAUCCUGAAGUACCUGCGCAGACGCUUCUCUCCACCCAACUACUCCAAGCUGACCACCUAACCACAAAGGGAGCCGGGCCUCGCUGGACGGGCUUCCUGCCGCCACGUCAGAGUCCGCAGAGCGUCGUGGUUCUGAGAAGUUCUCUGACGAGGACGCCGCAUCUUUACGUCUGCAACGCCGCAGAGAGUUUAUGUGUGGGAGACAAACGGACCGGAUUGAUCCGGUUUUUAUGAACUUAUUUAUUGUUGAUUCUGUCGGAAUCAAAUCCUUAAAGUCAGAGUAACACAUUCUGAGAAAAUGCUAUGAUGGGAAUGAAGGGAAAAAAAACGGUUCAGAUAUGAAUCACUGAUUAUUAGGCUUUAAUUUCAAAGGUUCGGUUAGAAACCCAAACUGAAAGUGGCCAAAGCCAGUUCUUCACCUUUAACCUUUGUCUACUUAGACAUGCAGUAGCAGCCGCUGCGCUUCACGUGUAUAUUUAUAAUUCUUAAUUCUUAUUUCUCACCUGUCUUUGAACUUUUUUUUUCUCUUCGAUUCUGGUCAGAAAAGCCCCCGCAGGUUUGGUUUCCACACGUGCGGCGGUGCUGAUGUUUCGUUUCCAUGCAGGCCUGCACCUCUCUGACUUUGAGUGGGACGUUAAGCUGAUGCAGAAAAAAAGUUACUAUGUACAAAAAACAAACCAACAACAACACAGCAGGAAGGAAAGUGGAAAAGUGGUGUUUUAGUCAGUCUCCUGCUCAGUCAUGACCCGUUUUAUGUUCUAAACUGAGAGUCGUUGGGCUAAACUGGGUUUAUUGCCCUCUCCGUACGAAACACACCUCUGCACGUUUGUUUAUUUGACGGUGCGUCACCCCCGAGCUCCAGCUCAGAGGGGUGGGGGCUAUGACCUCUGCGGCCCCACUUUAAAUCCGUCCGGCUGCCGCUCGUGGAAAACCGCAGCGUUUUGCUGACAGGCUGGCGAGCGGCAGGAAUGCUUGGAUGAAGAGGAGGGGGAGCAGCCUCGCUUUCAGCGCCGUGACUCACCAACCCCAAGAAGCCAUAACUGAACCCCCCCCCUACCACAAUAGGACCCGAGAAGCACGGCGGCUGUAAAUAACCUCCAAGCUCACUGCAGAUACUAACCAAUCAUGGGACGGAGAACUUCCUGCUUCUCCAUAAUCCUGGAGGCCAUGGUCCAUGCACUGGAUUUUUUUUUUAAGGUGAAUAAUGGAGCAGAAUUGUGUUUUGUGCAGGUAUGAUGUAUAUUUUUAUGUUUGCAUGAAUGUAAAUAACUCGUUUUUAUCAAACUCUGUUGCACUUAUGAGCUAAACCAGAAAGGGAGAAUUGUGCUGAUGUCAGUUUUGUGAUCACUAAUAAAAACCAUUUCCUGGA